CCUGGUGAUCUUGGAAGAGUCUCUACCAUGGAAUCCAUCUCUAUGAUGGGAAGCCCUAAGAGCCUGGAGACAUUUUUGCCUAAUGGCAUAAAUGGUAUCAAAGAUGCAAGGAAGGUCACCGUGGGGGUGAUAGGAAGUGGAGAUUUUGCCAAGUCUCUGACCAUUCGGCUUAUUAGGUGUGGCUAUCAUGUGGUCAUAGGGAGCAGAAAUCCUAAGUUUGCGUCAGAAUUUUUUCCUCAUGUGGUAGAUGUCACCCACCAUGAAGAUGCGUUAACAAAAACAAAUAUAAUAUUCGUGGCUAUCCACAGAGAGCAUUACACCUCCCUGUGGGACCUGAGGCAUCUGCUUGUGGGCAAAAUCCUCAUUGAUGUGAGCAACAAUAUGAGAGUAAACCAGUACCCAGAAUCCAAUGCAGAGUACCUGGCUUCACUAUUCCCGGACUCCUUGAUUGUCAAAGGAUUUAAUGUGAUCUCAGCUUGGGCACUUCAGUUAGGUCCCAAGGAUGCCAGCCGCCAGGUUUAUAUAUGCAGCAACAAUAUCCAAGCUCGACAGCAGGUUAUUGAGCUCGCCCGUCAGUUGAAUUUCAUUCCUGUUGACCUGGGAUCUUUAUCAUCAGCCAAGGAGAUUGAAAACUUGCCCCUGCGCCUGUUCACCCUCUGGAGGGGGCCGGUGGUUGUGGCCAUAAGCCUGGCCACAUUUUUCUUUCUUUAUUCCUUUGUCAGAGAUGUGAUACAUCCGUACGCCAGAAACCAGCAGAGUGACUUCUACAAGAUCCCUAUUGAGAUUGUGAACAAAACCUUGCCCAUAGUUGCCAUCACCCUGCUGUCCCUGGUGUACCUGGCGGGCCUCCUGGCUGCCGCGUACCAGCUUUAUUACGGCACUAAGUACCGUAGAUUUCCGCCUUGGUUGGAUACCUGGUUACAGUGCAGGAAACAGCUGGGGUUGCUGAGUUUUUUCUUUGCUGUCGUGCACGUUGCUUACAGCCUCUGCUUGCCGAUGAGGAGGUCGGAGAGAUACUUGUUCCUCAACAUGGCUUACCAGCAGGUUCAUGCAAAUAUUGAGAAUGCAUGGAAUGAGGAAGAGGUUUGGAGGAUUGAGAUGUACAUCUCCUUUGGCAUCAUGAGCCUGGGCUUGCUGUCCCUGCUGGCGGUCACUUCCAUCCCUUCAGUGAGCAAUGCUUUAAACUGGAGGGAGUUCAGUUUCAUUCAGUCUACGCUUGGCUACGUCGCCCUGCUCAUCACGACCUUCCACGUGUUAAUUUAUGGCUGGAAGCGCGCAUUUGCAGAAGAAUACUACCGCUUUUACACACCACCAAACUUUGUUCUUGCCCUCGUUUUGCCCUCCAUUGUAAUUUUGGGUAAGAUGAUGUUACUUCUCCCAUGCAUAAACCGAAAGCUAAAACGAAUUAAAAAGGGCUGGGAAAAGAGCCAGUUUCUAGAAGAAGGCAUGGGAGGAGCAGUUCCUCAUCUGUCCCCAGAGAGGGUCACAGUGAUGUGAUGACAAGAGGUGCUUGCGGAGCCACAACUUCCAUCCAUGCCAUUACUUUAGGCCCUCGCCAAAGUCCCUGUCAGCAGAUUGUCAAUUGGCGGCAGUCUGAAACCUGCUGUGAGAUUUCAGCCAGAGGAGAGAUUGUAUUCUCAAGUUAAUUUUUAUAAAUGUCAUGUUUUUCCAAUGUGCAAUUUUGUAGUCCUCAUCUAUGGUUACAAUCUAGGAGGAUUUUCUUUUGUGCAACCCUAACAGUGUUGCUCUUUUAACCCUACUGCAUAGUCAGGCAGAAAUAUUUGUAGUUAAUAGUACAGGUGAAAUAUAAUGUUUAGAACACUUGGCAAAACAGCAGAAUGAGAGGCUUUUAACAUUACUCAGUGGAUAU